GGAGCGCUCGGCGUAACAGUAAAGAAUAAAUACUAUAAUAACUAAUCAACAAUGUAACAUACAAAGAAUAAAUACUAUAAUAACCAACAAUGUAACAAUAAAUAAUAAACGAUCUGCAUCAUAACAAUCGGCUCCUAUAAUAAACCAUCUACAAUAUAUAAAGAUUGGGGCUCGUGCUCUCCGGACGGUUGUGGCCCCUGGAUCCCCGCCCCCUCACACUGCGGACCCCACUAUCCGCCGGGUGGUGUCGCCCUUUUAAGCUCCGCUCCUGCCCGCAGCUCCAGACGCCAUUUCCUGGGAGAUGUGAGGAGAAUCACCGACCGCACCGGGAGCCGCAGACCGAGCAGAUCGCCGCAGUGCACGGGGACCGCACCGACAAGAUGUUGAGUUUUUUCCGGCGCACCCUUGGGCGCCGGUCCAUGCGGCGGAAUGCAGAGAAGGAACGUUUCCGGGAAGCUCAGAGAGCCGUCACCCACAUCCCGGCGGCCGGAGACGCCAGAUCCAUCAUCACGUGUAGAGUCUCCCUCCUGGAUGGCAGCGACGUCAGCGUGGAUCUGCCGAAAAAAGCCAAAGGUCAGGAGCUGUUUGACCAGAUCAUGUAUCACCUGGACCUGAUCGAGAAGGAUUACUUCGGGCUGCAGUUCAUGGAUUCUGCACAAGUGGCGCACUGGCUGGAUCACACCAAGAGCAUCAAAAAGCAGGUGAAGAUUGGGCCUCCGUACUGUCUGCACCUGCGGGUCAAGUUCUACUCCUCCGAGCCCAACAACCUACGGGAGGAGCUCACCAGAUAUUUGUUUGUUAUGCAGCUGAAACAAGAUAUCCUCAGUGGAAAGCUGGAGUGCCCGUUCGACACGGCGGUGCAGUUGGCGGCGUACACGCUCCAAGGGGAGUUGGGAGAUUUCGAUCCUUCGGAGCACACGCCGGACCUGGUGUCAGAAUUUCGCUUUGUACCUACACAGACAGAAGAGAUGGAGCUCGCCGUGUUCCAGAAGUGGAAGGAGUUUAGGGGUCAGAUGCCGUCCGAGGCCGAAACAAAUUAUCUGAACAAAGCGAAGUGGCUGGAGAUGUACGGGGUGGACAUGCACUAUGUGAAGGCUCGAGACGGCAACGACUAUCAGCUCGGCCUGACCCCGACCGGCGUGCUGGUGUUUGAGGGGAACACAAAGAUCGGACUGUUCUUCUGGCCCAAAAUAACUCGCCUGGACUUCAAGAAGUCGAAACUGACGCUGGUUGUGGUUGAGGACGAUGAGCAGGGUAAGGAGCAGGAACAUACGUUUGUAUUCAAGAUGGAUCAUCCGAAGGCGUGCAAACACCUGUGGAAGUGCGCGGUGGAGCAUCACUCCUUCUUCCGGCUCCGGGGGCCCACCCAGAAGGGCUCCAGCCGCUCCUCAUUUAUACGGUUGGGAUCACGAUUCAGAUACAGCGGGAAAACCGAAUACCAGACGACGAAAUCCAGCAAACCGCGGCGUUCGACGUCCUUCGAGCGCCGACCCAGCAAACGCUACUCGCGGAGAAGCAUGUUAAAUAGAGGCCAAGCUCCGAGACCCGACCUGAUAAACGCUGACCGACCUGUUCCUGGAGUUCACCCCAAUGGAGCUCAGCAAGUUUGGCCCGUGAGGCCGUCUGGUCGCCCUCCGACCUCUGUCCCCGCGCAGCCGGCGCUUUUUGAGAUCGAAACUCUUCAUCAGAGCCCAGGAGCGAAUCAUCCGGAGAAGAAAUGCUUUGUUACUGUAUCUGACAGUCAGGACCUUCUGGAGAACAAACUGGAGGAGAUCCUGUCCCUGCCGGUCACCUCGGGCCCCGGGGCCAUUCUGGACGCUGGACUCCUGACCUUCAGCAACCCCUGCCUAGAGGAGAUACCUGCAACGCAGCCGGACACCGCGCCAGUAUUUGAGGAUGUGACCGUGAAGCUGAACAACGCGGACGCCAAUACUGCGGCUCCUCCUCCUCCGGUGCGACUGAACGUCAAUGUGAACAAACAGGAGGACCCAGUGAAGCUGAUGGAGAAAUGUCUAAAUAACAUGGUUGAAGCUCCAGCGUCCGCUCCAAUAUGGCUGCCCACCGAUAUAAAGAGCAAUAUCCUGAAGGCGCAGGUGGAGGCCGGACACAAGAUGAUCAGAGAUGAUGCUGGGAUCAGUCAUGUGACAGUGACCUCUGAGGAAGCGUCUCCCAGAAGCGUCACUGUGAAAGUCUCCAACCGCCCAAUGGUGCAAGAAUGUCCGGAACGAGAACCGCCAACUCCGCAACAGACUAUCUUCAUAACAAAUUUUGGAUCCCAGGAACUAAAGGAACCAAAACUUGACAACCCGGCGAUAUCCUGCGCGCUGCCCCCUGCUGACCAAGCCUCGCAAAUCAAGAGCGCGACUGAUGACCUGGACGCGCUGUUGGCGUCGCUGACCGAGAACCUUAUAGACCUCACAGAGGCUCCUCUCCCGCCGGUGACGCCCCCUGUGGUCCCGUCUUACACGGCUAUCGCCCCGCGGUGGUUAAUACCGCAGACACUGCACCAGCAGAACAGCUCUGGAAGUCUUUCGGAUUCUUCCUCUCCUCAGAGCGGAGUCGUAUCCAAUGGUCACCUCGGAGCAGAGACCUCCCUGCCAGCAAAAGUCCUGAAUAAUGUGACCGACUCUCCACCUGCCGCAGAGACCCUCGAUGUCAGCCACAUUCCUGCCGUCCCUGCCAGCGCUGUGACUCCCAAAGACGUGACCAGACCGCGAUGUCUGCUGACCACCGAGCUCUGAGGCGCCAUGUUGGGGGGGACUGGACAUUUAAAGGGACGGCGCUCUGUUAUCAGUGCAAGAAGCUGCGGAUGAGCCUGAGCAGAUCUCCUGACACCAUGAUCUGUCACUUUACACUGGAAUCUCUCUCCCCUCCCCCGCUGCCUGUCCGGAGGCGCCUGGGACGCGACAUUCCUGGCCGCUCUGCCUUACGCUCGGAUCGCUCCGGUUUUAUGAUCCGGCGCGGAUCGUGUUUUUCCUCGUGACGUGGAUGUUACAGAAUCGUUUCCUCCUGGGAAUCUGCCCCCUAAGGGAUCGUACGUGAAGACUCUCACACCUGAGCCCUCGUCGCACCUGACGCCGCGGUCAUGUGACGCCUUUUUAUUUUAUUUUUUUAUUAUUUUAUUUUCCAUUUUACUUUUGGUUUUAUUCUUUUAUUGUGAUGGGGAAAAAACAAAAAAACAAACUGUUACAUUUAACACACAAAGUAUCACUGCCAGAACCCUGCUGUAAAGCGAGAGCCACAACUGCUGUAAAUCGUAGGCAAUAUUGAACCUGAAAGGGGGCAAUUAUUUGCCCCUCUGGGUAAUUGGUGUAGGGUAGGGUUUC